CGCCCCGCCAGGGCGCAGGCCAAGGCCAGCGCCGAGGGCCGGGCUGCGGCGUCGGCGGCGGACAACCGCUCCGCGGAGGCGGAGCCGGCGCCAGCGACCGAAGGUCCUCCUGCAGAAGACCUGGCGCCCUCUCCGCGGCGCCCUCACGGACACCAUGGGCGCCGUGACGGGCACGGUGGACGCCUCCGCGGAUGCCGUGCGCGUGCUCGGGGACGCGGCGGCCUCCACUCUGGGGGCCAGCUGCCGGCUCACGGGGGCGCUGGUGCGCGGGCUGGGCAGCGGCGUGAGCCAGCUCGGCGAGACCUCGGUCGUGGAGAGCGGGCCCCUGGCCGGCCCGUCGCGCGUCGUCGGCGGCGUCUACCGGCUGCUGGGGGCGACGCUGACGGGCGUGGGGAACGCCACGGUGCUGGUGGGGGGCGUCGUCGAGAGCGUCGCGGGCGAGGCCUCCAAGGUCGUCGAGGACACCGCGCGAGUGCUCGGGGAGCCGAGCAGGUGGGCCGCGGACAGGCUGAGGGGCGAGCCCUCCAGGCCGCGCCGCCAGGGGCAGCGCAAGGAGGGGCGGGCGCGCGGCGCCUCUCCGGGCCACUCUGCCACGCCCCAGGGGCAGUCGCAGAGGAGGCUGCACCACAGGAGGAGCCCUGGCCAGAGCAUGGCGGGGGUGCUCGGCGCGCCGGCCGUGCGGGCGGUGUCGGUGUCUGUGCCGCUGGCCACGGCGAUCCUGCUGUCCUGGGCGCUGGGCCGGGCCGCGCGCGAGCCCUCGGAGGCCGCACAAGCGCAAGAUCCAGCACAAGGCUGGCCCCGUGCGAGGCUCCAGCACAGGGCUGGCAGAUGGGCGAUGCGCAGCCUCAUCGUCGUGGCCGUGCUGCUCGUCCUGCGGGUGGACGACAGGGCCCUUCAGCGGCAGCUCGGCUGGGACGGCGCGGCACGCCGCCUCAGCACCGACGAGGUCGAGAGCGCCCGAUGGCUCAACGCUGGGCUAGCCGCGGUGUGGUCGCCCCUUUCCGCCACCUUGAUGGAGGGCUCCCCAGAGGGCCUCUUCCACGGCCCCGCGGUCGCAGCCUUCGUGAACAGCACGAACACGAGCGUCGGCGGCAGCGGCCUCGGCGCAGAGCUCGCGAUGUACGCCGCGUGGUCGCUGCACGGGAGCGGGGAGGUGCUGAACGUGGCGGUGGAGCGGAGCGCAUUCGGGGACUCGCCGCCCGUGCUGGAUGCGAUCAGGGCCCCCAGUGACAGGACGGCCCGGCUGCUGGCCGACGCGCUGGACGAGGCUUACCAGAAUCUCUCGGUGGAGGGCCCCCGCAGCCAGACGGCGCGCACCGUCCUGCUCGAGGCGGACGUCACCUGGGUGGCGGACGCGGGCUUCGAGAUGGUCGUCAGCACCGGGGCGAGCUCUGCGUCGCGGACCGACGUCCUCCCCAGCCUGCGGAUCCGGCUCGCGGACGUCGUCCUGGGCCCCGCGCCGGUGGCGAUCCUGGUCGAGGCGGCGCCCCGGGGGUACCCCUACGUGGGCUUCGUCGCCCUCACGUUCGUGGAGCCGCCGCCCGUCGACUUCUCGAUCUCUCCCGUCGGGAGGAUCGCUGGGACGGUGACGCCGCUCCUCCGCGAGUCGCUGCUCUCGUCGAUCAACGGGCUGUGGCCGCUGGCGGACAAGGAGGACGUCUUCGUGUACAACCUCGGGGAGUACCUCUACCCCGAGAGCAGGGGGGCCGCCGCCGCCUCGGCGGAGCCGCCGCCUGGGGAGGAGAGCCAGGGCACCAAGGGCGCUUGGGCGCCCCCCGCGGGUGGCGGGCCUGGCUGCCGUGGCCGCGUUGGGCGCCGCGCCGUCGCCUCGCGCAUGGUCGCCGCGCGGCGGGUGCCAGCAUUUGGGAGACGCUCGUCGCUGGAGUGGACGAGGUCGGAGCCCGCCUGGACUCCGCGGAAGGCGGC